AUGAAAAUGACUGCGGAAGUGAUCGCCUUGACCCCCGUUUCGCAGUUACCGGAGAACCACGUUAUUGCGAUCGAACGUUUAACGGUGGAUGAGAAACAGCAAUUGUCAGACGUGGUUUACGAAGGUGCCGGGCCACACGCAGGCUUGCUCGUACGAAAGCGCAACCCGUUUGUUCAUCAAGAGGAAAUCACUGCUGCCGAUGUGGAAGUGGCGUUCAAGGUGGAUUUGUUCGACAGCAAAGAUGGCAACCAUCAGCAGGUGAAUGUGUUUAAUAAUCGUUUUAUUUUAACAUUUGACAUUUUUCAUAACUUUCCGCUGAAUAAUUGUUUUCAUUAUUACAGUGGCUGAUG